CGAAGAUGCAGAAGAUGAACCAGAAAUUCUGACCUGGCUGUUAAAAGUGUAAUAUCGCUAAUUUGCAGAUAAAUACGUAUGAUAACCACGCAUUAGUACGGUGUUCAGAAAUUAACGCACACUGUGAAUGAUGCGUUAUCAGUUAAAAGUGCCGUCUUCAUACAGAAGUCUCCUUCGAGGAUGUCUUAUGAUCAUUAUAAUAAUCUUCGUCAUCGAAUCACUUAUCAUCAACACAGUGCUCUUGUAUUAUAUAUGGAGUGCAAUUGCAAUUCUAAGUGAUUUUUCUACCUCAGGGAGAACGUUAAUAGACACACUUGCAACUUACAAAACAUUCCAAAACAUAGUUUUCUCAGGAAAGGAUCAAGGAUUUAGAAAGUUUAUUGACAAUACCAUUGGAAGAUUAUAUAUUGAAAACGAUAUCACUGCAUACUGUAUGUCAGAUGAACUGUACAAAGAAAAAAGAAUUGAGCAUUUACCAGUGACAAUCAGUAGAAUUGGAUUUGAUGUGUCCAGUUCAGGUGAAGUUAUGGCUAUUUUGCGGCAAAUGCAGAGUCAGAAAUCCAAACCUUGGGCCAGGCUUGUGGUUGAUAUCGGGGCCAAUGAUGGCCUUAUGUCCAGUAACUCUUUCAAUUUUAUACAAAUGGGCUGGAGUGCAAUACUUGUAGAACCUCAGAAUUCCCAGCUGGAUUUAGCAAGGAGAAACCAUAUCGGAUUGACUAACCAGCACCAAGACCAGCGUGUCCAGUACGUUCAGGCUGUGAUAAGUGACCAUGAUGGUCAAGAAAGACUCUAUUUAUCCCCAGAUAUAGUUGCCAUGGAAAGCAGGGUUGUAUCGAAUGAACUCCUAAAUGAUCAUUCCAUCAUCACAGUGACAAGCUUGUCAGUGAAGACGUUUGCCUUGAAAUAUAAAGUGCCGAAGUAUUUUGGAAUCUUAUCCAUUGAUACGGAAGGAAUGGACGCAAAGCUCGAUGUCAUUUUCGCACGCUCAGAUUCUACACCAGUGGAUACAACUUGGAUACAGGCCGAUGUACAUUGUAGUGGAGUAUCUGCACCAGAAGGAGCAGGACAUGACGACAAGUUUACUGAUGGAAGAAGGGUAUUCAUAUCUCAUGAAGAAAGGAUACAAUUUCAUAUUUCAAUACAACAUAGAUCUUAUGCAAGGUGAUGAAACCUGAUAAAAACUUGAACUAUAACAGGUUGUUUAGAAGAUGCACAUUUCACGUUUGAAGGAAGGAUGGGAGCCGAAAUUCUCAGGAACUAUGUAGUAAGUGGGUUAAGUUGUACGCUAUCAGUGAUUUUUUUUGGUGCAAUUUACUGCCUUCUAAAGGCUGUUUCCCCUUGUG